GGCCGGCCGGGGGACCCGGCGGGACGCACGGAAGGAGGGAGGGGGCCGUGCUCAGCGCCCCGGCCGGGCCACGGGGCCACAGGGCAACACGGCCACGCCGCAUGCCACAAGCCUGAGUGGGAGCGGAGCCGGCCGGCAGGCAGGGCAGCUCGGUCCCAGGAGCCCUCUGGGAUGCCUGAGAGUAUCUGCCCCCUGCCCCCAGCCUGGCUUCCACCAUGAGCGCUGAGCUCAACGUGCCUGUGGACCCAUCCACUCCCGCCUGCUCUGAACCCGGGCACAAGGGCAUGGAUUACCGGGACUGGGUCCGCCGCAGCUACCUGGAACUGGUCACGUCCAACCACCACUCUGUGCAGGCGCUGUCCUGGAGGAAGCUCUACCUGAGCAGAGCCAAGCUGAAGGCCUCCAGCCGGACCUCGGCCCUGCUGUCAGGCUUCGCCAUGGUGGCCAUGGUGGAGGUGCAGCUGGAGACGCAGUACCAGUACCCGCGGCCGCUGCUCAUCGCCUUCAGCGCCUGCACCACGGUUCUGGUGGCCGUGCACCUCUUCGCCCUGCUCAUCAGCACGUGCAUCCUGCCCAACGUGGAGGCCGUGAGCAAUAUCCACAACCUCAACUCCAUCAGCGAGUCGCCACACGAGCGCAUGCACCCCUACAUCGAGCUGGCCUGGGGCUUCUCGACUGUGCUGGGGAUCCUGCUCUUCCUGGCCGAGGUGGUGCUGCUCUGCUGGAUCAAGUUCCUGCCUGUGGACGCGCGCCGCCAGCCUGGCCCCCCGCCCGGCCCCGGGGGCCACACGGGCUGGCAGGCCGCGCUCGUGUCCACCAUCAUCAUGGUGCCCGUGGGCCUCAUCUUUGUGGUCUUCACCAUCCACUUCUACCGAUCGCUGGUGCGUCACAAAACCGAGCGGCAUAACCGCGAGAUCGAGGAGCUGCACAAGCUCAAGGUGCAGCUGGACGGCCACGAACGCAGCCUGCAGGUUGUGUGAGGGUGUGGCACCCCCCCCCCCCAACCUGGAAGCCAGCAAUGAGUGCCCUGCCUUCCGGGGAACAUCACACAUGGGGACGUGGGGAUUCCCGGCAAGGCUGCCUGGACGCUGCCCGAGAGUUCCAGACCCAAGUCUUGUCCCCCUUCCAUGCUGGAACACAUGACUGCAGGAUGCUCCCGCAGAAAGUGGAAAUCUGUCGUUAAAAGAGAGACUCUGUUGCCAAGAGCUGAGAGAGAGAAAAAAAAAAACAAAAACAAAAACAAAGCCUGAGUCCUUGGGCCUGGGGAUUCUCUGCAGCAGGGGACAGGGCUCCAGGCAGCACCCAGGGUCACGGGCAAGGGCAAUCUCAGACAUGUGGAGCUGGUGGCCAGCAGAGGCAGAGAGAGGCAGGGGAGGGGUGGAGGGUUUCAGAGAAGGAAGGGAUUGCCCCGUGACACACGACUUGUGAGGUGGGUCUCCUGGCAGCCGGGAGCUGUGUCUGAUGAGAUGGGGUGCAGGCCCACAGCUUGGCCUGGUGCUUCCCUCCGCUGCCCUGGGGGGAAUGGGUGGCCUGGCCCACAGGGGUAGGGCAGGAGCCUGGGGCCCGGGUCCACUCAGCAGGUGCUCAGCCGGCCAUGAGGAAGGCGUCCCCGGGGGAGGCAUGUCUGGGCAUCCCACAUGAGAGGCCUCUCGAGGAGACUUUUAGCUGGGGGGUGCCCUGAGGCACAACUGGCCCAGAUUCUCUCCUCCUAGCCCGCCUGGAGCCCAGUCACAAUGACCCAGCAAAGCCACCAGCUUGGGGAAAGGGCCCAGAGUCCUCCGUGUUUGGGCUAUAAAAUGGCCUUGGAGCCCAAGUCAGCUGCCCCUCCAGGCCAUGGUUGCCAAAGUCACUUGCUCAGGAAGCAGAGCCUGCUUCCUGUUUCCCUGUGACCCCAGCAGGCAGGAGGGGGCAGCCCGGGGGACUUUUGUCCAGACAAGGCCUUUGGCUGGACCUGGCCAAAUGCGGGUCCCAGUUGUAACGGAAGGUGAGUCCCCACAUUGUGCUCCCCUGCAGGGACCCCCAGUCCUCCCAGCCACAGGCAGGGGCCCAGCUCCCACAUGUCCAUGGCCGUGUGCAGGAUGCGUUCUGCUGUUUCCGCUAGACCAGAGCACGGGUUCUUGGGUGGUGCACGUACAUACUACAGCUCAGCUCAGGGGUGAGCAUGCCACGUCCUGAGCUGCUUUUGAAGACAAGGCUUACCUCACGGGCCAGCAGCCACUAGAGAGGGAGCCUUUUUUUUUAUUUCAUAGUCCUCGGACAUCAUGCUCCAGUGGCAUUUCUGUGGACAGCUUACUCUCUGUGUGCCGAGAAACCCUGGCUGGCGUGGCGGAGGUUGCUGGGAAUGUGACAUACUGUUGAGGACACAAACCUCAACACACAACCAGAAUGCCAAGGGGCAGCCUGGGAGCUCUGCCGAGAAGCACCGCUGUAAGUCAGGACAUUGUGGGAGCCUGGGCAGGAGCCUGGAGUCUUCCAGAGGGCGUGUUCCUCGUGUCCUGCAGAUGUCUGUCGGUACUUGCCUGCUCUCUGGUGCAUGUCUGUUCUUUCUCGGAGCCUUGUGGAAAAGGCUUGUCUGGCUUACUCUGUAUUUUCUUUGUGUCCGUGUCUGUAAGCCCGCCACUCUGUGUCCUGGAUGAGACAGGCUGGCUUCUCCCCACAGCUGGGGGUGGGCAGUAGGCCCUUCCUCUAGCCCGGGCCUUUCAAGAGGGGCCAUGCAGGCCUCACUGUCCUGGGCCAUCUGGUGCCUCUGCCCCAAGUGUGCCAGAUGUGCCAAGCUCCCUAGACUGGAAGACACCCCCUGGUGCCACAUGGGCACGACAGGUGCCACAUCACGUGUUUUUAACAAUGAUUGGAAGAAUGUAAUUCUUGUUCUCAUUCAUCCAGAGUGUUCUCCCAGCUCCCGGGGGCAGGGGGCCAAGCAGAGAAGUUUCCGUGGGGACAGAGAGGACCAUGGGUCUGGGGACUGGUGGUCAGAGGGGAACCUUCAGGGUGGCCCCAGAGCUUCUGGGAGAUGGAUGAUCAGCUGCUAUUUGGAGCUGCAGGCAGGACUCAGCAGGCUGGGCUGGGGGGAGGGGAAGGCACGUUACAAGCUAGAAAGUCAAUUUCUGGAGGUUUAACCUGAUUGUGAAGCGUUCCAAGUGCAGCGGCCACUCGGUGGUGAGGCCACGCGGGCCGCCCCAGAGGCAGUGUGGGCUUGCCCUAUUUUCCUCUGAGCAGAAACCCCCCACCCCCCGCAGAUAUGCCGGGGCCCUUUCCAGAGCGGAACACGGUCUCCACUUGGUACCUGACCAGAAGUUUCAAAACUCCAAGUGUUUCUAUUCUAGAAACUGCGAGGGCAGGACGUAUUCUAGUGUCUUCUAGGAAAGUCUGCCGAGGCUAAAACCCUGUGAGCCCGGAUAUCGGCAGCUGCUCCCUGUCUUGCGCUGAUUAACUCAUUAUGCAUGAUGCCGCGGAGAUCAUGUGCGGUGUGUAACCCCCGUCCCGUGUGUGGGUUUUUAAAACAGUUGCCCUGGAGUGAGCUGAAUAAACAGGUAAAGCUACGAA